AUGGACGAGCGCACGAUAAUUAUUCAUUACAAAAAUCAAAACUGUUUUGUUCCCGUAAGUGAUAUUUGUAAUAUCAAUGUUUUGGAACUUCAACAAACUGCUCAUGAAGCCUUUUUUGGACGCCGUUUUGUUCCCGGUACUGAUCUCCCCGCUUCUGUCGGUUGCUUAUCCGAGGGAGAAUUUAUAUCAGAACCUCUCACCAUUGAACGUCUCCAAGAGAUUUAUCGUAUAGUCCAGUAUCAAAAUAGCUCAAGUGGCAAUGCAGAGAAUAAUAAACGGCCCAUAGGCCUAUGGUUCUAUCAUUAUGAAAAUAACGGGCUCCCAUUUAGACAUACUGUAGUAGAAAGUAGUUUACCUUCGGUUAAUACUCAACCUGUUGAUGAGCAUAAUGCUUCACAUGGGACAAAUCUUGAAACGACCGCAGUAAACGUAUCAAGCAUUGAUGGCACAGAAACGCCGAGUGACUCAGCAGCAGCGCGCAGAACAACGAUGGAGUUAGUUAAUGAAGACAAACAUAGAUUCACCAAUGAUUUCCGACCAGAGCAAAAGAAACAAUAUCGAAGCGAUAUUUUUCCGAAAAAACCGAAAGUCAAAAACAACGAAAUUCCAGCUGAAGCACAAAGCACACCAGCCGGAAUCAACAAGAAAAGAAAACGUACAACAAAGUACGCAUUCCAUCUACAAGGUGUCCAUACCAAAAAAGAAAAUGGGCGUACUCCAUAUGGAGAAGGAUGGUUACCGGAACGCUACCGUAGAUUGAUUGAAAACGACAAAACUGUUUUGGUUUGCGUCGCCGCAGUGAAAUAUCAUUCGGGUUGCCUUUAUAUAGAUCCAUUAAAGGGUUUUGUGGUGGAUAAGAAAAAUCACAAAAUACCGUUGGAAAAUCCUUUCAUAUUGAAACUCAGCAAUACAAAUAAGAACGUUUCAUCAAAUGGUUGCUACCCAUUGAAAUUGGCUUUGGUUCAAAUUUCUGGUGAUAUUGCGCGUCAAUGCACUACUGAAUUUAAGGAAGGCUUCAAAUUGAAUGCACGAACAGUCAAUGAAAAUCCAGAAGACUCAGACGCAGAGAUGAUGAAUGAAGAUGAUGAUUCGGCUGGAUUUCUUAUCGCUGUCGUACUUGCUGAGGAAGGAAAGCCAGACGACAUCGACUGGUCAACACUGAUCAUAUCAAAUGAAAUUAAAUACAAAAUCUAUCCAGUAAAACGACAGAAGACAACGGAUACUACAAAUUAA